AUGGACGAAGCACCUCCGGUUCCAGACGAUACAUUCAGUAGAGCACUUGAGGCCCUAGACGACCUCAUACCGGUAGAAACGGCGGCUCCCAUCGAUGAGCAUCUCCCAGUGGAGAUAUUACAGCGGAUAUUUUAUUAUCUAGACGUACGGUCUCGAUGUCGAUCUUGCCGUGCAUCUCGAAGGUGGCAAAAAAUCCUUUAUCGAACACCAACAUUUUGGGAGCGGUUGGACCUAUCAAAUAGGUUCUCCUUGGGAGGAGACAAGAGUGUUGGAGAGCAGGGAGGUCGGGUAGAUGCAACCCUCAAACGCAUAUUUCACCGCCCCAUUGGAGCCAGACGCUUCUCUAAGCUUACAAAGCUGGAUUUGAGUUGCACAGAUAUUGAUCCGGCCAGCUUUGCAUCUCCGAGUAUACGGCGUACCCUAAGCAAAUCUCUGUCCCAUUUGGUUCUAAACGGCUGCGCUAAUGUUGAUUCCGGGUCUCUAUUCCACUUGAGAGGACUGAAGUCGUUAAGGGCUCUGGACUUGUCGCAUUGUGAGCAGGUGGACGAUACGGGGCUGGAGGUUAUCUCCUUUUUUCUACCAUAUCUGACGCACCUAAACUUGUCCUAUCUCUUUCGGGUUACUGAGCGCGGCGUCGCUCGAUUAUUUCGAAUGUCAGGAUUGACCUCCCUCAAUCUCAUGGGAUGCUAUCGUAUAAAACAAUAUCCUUGGGCUGUCCUUGACGGCUCCCGUCGAAGUGUGCUGCCAAUUCGAGAGAUGAUGCUUGGAGAAGAUUCUCGAAUCCAAACAAGAGGGUUCUGGCUCCUCUGGUGCACUUUCAAUUUUGAUACCAGUCGGCUGGUUUCCGUGUGCCCUUUUUUAGAAGUGCUGCGAUUGAAUAUGGUUUUGUUCGAUUUGCCGGCGGACGGGUUAGAGGUACUUCUAAAAGGAUGCAAAAAUCUCAAGCAUCUGAGCCUUGUCAUAGACCGCGCGGGAAUACCAGCGCUCUGUGGAGUUGCCCAGCAUCUUCGUCAGUUGGACACGCUCGAGGCCACCAUUCAUAUCGGCGUUACUGCCGAUCUCAUCAACUCACUUAUACAUGCACAAGCCCUAGUCAAGCUGCGAGCGCUCAAGUUUCAUAGUAAGCACACCACGGUCUUCAAUGACGAUACCCUACGUGGCCUCAUCGAUGCAGCGCCAGUAUUGGAGUAUCUGGAACUAAAUGGAGACGAAAUAUCACCAACCGGAUUAUCACCCGUCGCCAUGAAACUUGGGAAAGCUCUCCAGAGCCUCCUUGUUCACCAUGUCCAAAUCGGCAACAAAACAUUAAAGUCGUUAUCCAAGAAUCUGCUGCAUUUGAGAGAGCUUACUAUCACAGACCUACAGCAACUGCACUAUUCAAAUAGAAUCAGAUACCUUGUCUCUGAUCCUACGCUUUGCAUCAAGUUGAAGAAGGUGGAACUCUCCAGCUUUCGGGGGUUUACCGACAAAGAUCUAGCACUGGUGCCACAAAAUUGCCCAAAUCUUCAAUGGAUAGAUUUUAGCUUUUCCUUUACAUACCCCCGAACUACCCAGGCUAUCACAGCACACUGCUCCCAGCUACUCUAUCUCCGCCUCUGCCGUUCCAGCCCACCACCCGUGCAUUUACUGGGAGUAAACCGAACAUCACCAGCCGCGUUGGGCGCUACUGUCCCAAAUGCCCGCGUCGAUAAUCUCAAAAGCAAGGCCAACGACCGGCGAAAGUCUAUUAACUCAAUGUCUGGCUUCUUGGCUUCAUCACCGGAAUGCCGGUCUCUGAUACAACUUGCACAAAAAGGAUGCAGGCGUCUCCGUGUAAUGGAUAUUACCGGUAAUGUGGGAUUGACAGAUUACACGUUGCCGGCACUUCGCCAUUUGGGAUCACUCCAUACUCUCUUUAUCGAUUCUUGUGAGGGUAUCUCCCAAGCAGGCGUUGUGAAAUUCGCAGAAGAAAAAUGGAAGCAGCUAAAGCGAAUACAUGUGCGCAACUGCAGAAAUUGCAAACUGGGAGUGGCAGGGGAGAACUACUUGAGCAGAGGACUAGAAGUCGAAGUAGUGGUGGACGGUGGGCGGGUGCUUGGAAGGAGAUGGGGUGAAGAAGUGUAGUUUAGGGCCAUAGACAUUCAUAGGCAGGUAAAUGUUGCAUUGUAUGUCCG